GCUGAUCUGGCAGAGGUGCGCCUGUCUCCCGUGUGCCCGCCUCCUCCUGCAUGCCGUCUCACCUGCGUGCCGCCCCGCUCUGCAUCGGCAGCCGCGUGUGACCGUGCGUGCGCGCCCUGGCGCACCCUCGACCAGGUGAAUUAGAUUGAGCAAUCAGAAGCUCGCACACACUUCAAUCAGCGGGAGCAUAUAACGCAGUCAUUUGGCUGGUGGAAAGGGACUGACACGACGGAAUGAGCAGCACACAUCCACUGCGGGGAAUGAGACUUUUGAUUUGACGGGCUAUCGGUUUUUCACCUAUACUGUUCAACUCCUGUUCAAUUAUUCAAAUAAAUUAUUCUGAGUGAAAUCCGAAGUCUGGUCCUUGUCAAGUGUGGACACCUCGCAGUUAAAAGAAACACUUGACAGUGAAAAACCGGCCUGACGGUAGGAAACCGGCCGUGACAAGUGAAGACUCCACAAGAGCCCACCACAAAGAGGGAGAAGACUCCACCUGGGGGCCUGGAGGAAAUCAACUACCUGCCGUUCACCUGUCAGUCCAACAGCCAAAAAAGGCAACAUGGCCGAGUCCAAGUCACUCGAAGAGCUGAAAACAGAGCGAACUACAGUAAAGAGACUUUUUUCCCGACUCACCAACCAUAUAACGAGGACCCACAUGGAGAUGUCUGUGGAGGAGCUGCAAGAUAACUUCAAAAGACUCACAGCAGAGGGCGCUAAAGUGAUGGAUGCAAAUGAGGAGCUUGAGGCUGCUUACAUUGCACAGGGCAAAGGAACCGAAGCAGAGGGCGCACCUGAGUUAAGCGACCAACAGAGAGCUGACAUAGAGAAGACGGAGAAAGAGUGUGAGCAGAAGUUAAAAGAGGUAAAGCACCUUGUCCAGGAGACAUUAUGGGCCUCAUGUGGUGAAAGAGAACUGACCCUUGCUCUAAAAGCUGCAGAGGCAGAGUGCGAGAACGUCUCCUCCACUCAGCCUGACACACCCCUGGAGGCAUAUGACUUUAUGCUCCGCCAUUUAGAGAGCCUGGUGCACAAAGCCAAAGAAGCGCACCAGACCUGGAACCGCUGGGCUCCACGAGCCGAGAAGCAAGAUUUCAAUCGUCGGCUAACGGAGCUCGAAACCCUCCUUCCCAAGCUGGUGUCGAGGAAGGCCGCCCUGAUUGGAGCAGCAAGUAUUAAAGAGGACAGCAACAGAGUACCUGUCACAGCCCACAGCGCAGCCCCUGUUGCAGCCAUAAAGCUAAAAGCCACAGCUUUACCAAAGUUUACCGGCAGCCAGCGUGAGUAUUACAGAUGGAGGAAAGAAUGGGAGGCUCUACAGAAGCAAGGUGAACCAACCGGAUCCAAAGAGGUGAAGAAAUUUCAACUACUUGAUAGCCUCGACGAAAGAGUGGCCAAGGAUCUACGGCUCUCUACUUACACCUCAGCAGACGAGAUCUUCAGAGUCCUAGAGAACCGCUACGGAAACCAAGCCACCAUCGCUAUUGAGAUUGUCGAGGAGCUACAAGCUAUCCCACCUGUUCGUGGUAACCACCCAAGAAGAAUCGUAGAGCUCAUCCAAGCAGUGGAAAAGGCCCUCUAUGAUUUAAAUGAACUGAGCAAUGCAGAUGCCAUAAAAAACCCACUAGUAAUAAAAUCCAUCGAGAGCAAGCUGCCAGAGUCCCUGAAGAAAGACUGGCUUACCCACGCUGCUGACCCAAGAAAUGCUGUAAGCCACCAGAACCGCUUUGACAAGCUACUGGCAUACCUCCAAUCCCAAGAGUCUAUCUACGAGCAGUUAGAACAGCUGAGAGACAUCGACCCUGCCAAGGAGAAGACCAGGUUUCAAACAAAGUAUGCCCGAACAAGGACAACUAAAUCCAGCAGUGAAUUAGGAGGCUGCAUCAUCUGCGGAGAUCCAAAACACAAAAGAAAGCUCUACAUCUGCAGGAGGUUUAGAACCACCACAAAGCUCCAGGAAAAGAGGGACGCAGUGCAACAGCUCGGAGCCUGCAAGAGGUGCCUCGAAAUCCACAAUGAACCCUGCAGAAAAACUACUUACCUGUGUGGGAAUCCAGAGUGCAGAGACCAACACCACUACCUUCUCUGUCCCUUACCCAGACAGCUGUCCCAAAGACCCAAGUUUGGUCCGGUGAGAGCUGAGGGGAAAAAUUACACCGAGGCCCAGGAAGAGUUUCUUUCCAAACUUUCACCUGAGCUAGCGCAGCAGUGUCGCAAUGCUUUCUGCAACAUCGCAUCUCGAGCAUACAACUCCACUGCAGCAGAGAGAGGAGAGAGAGGCCUUCUGGAGGAGACUGGUCUGCACGAGUACCCUGUGAUCCUGAUGCUCCUUAACGUCACUGCCAAUGACGGGCAAAGAAUCGGAACACUUAUUGACCUGGCGUCUGACACAAAUUACAUAACCCACAGAGCUGCAAGCAAGCUGAACCUUCGCAGUGAAGAUGUCGCACUAGUCGUCCAUGGCGUCGGAGGGAUGAAAGUAUCUGUCGCUACAAAGCGCUACCUCCUCAAGAUCAGAGUCAGGACUCCAAAAGGAACUCUGAAGUCUCACCAACUGAUCUGCUACGGACUUGACAAAAUUGCAGAGGUGCACCGACAUGUUCAACCUGACAAGCUGCAGAAAAUCUUUCCUGAUGUUCCCCUCAAAGACUUCAUCAGACCCAGAGAAAUCCAGCUUCUGAUCAGCCACAAAGAAGGCCAGCUGGUGCCCCAAAAAAUCCGUUCAAUUGGUGACCUGGUGCUCUGGGAGGGUCCACUAGGCAAGACAGUCGGGGGCAUGCAUCCAGACCUCUUUGAGGAAGUCACCCUGAUGGCCCAUUCGUCCAAGACUCACUUCGCCAGAUCAAUGAGAACUUCAGCAGUCAAAUAUCUCGAAUUCAAGACAGACCCAAUUUCCUGCCAGUAUCCCGACCACCCCGAGACCCAGUCUAACACAGCCACCAGCAGCAAAGACUUUCUGAAGUGGUGGAGGUGGGAGAGCAUCGGAGCCGCCUGUCAGCCGAGAUGUGGAGGGUGUCGCUGCGGGAACUGCCAGCCAGGGGGAAAGGAGAUAACUCUUGCAGAAGAAAGGGAGAUGGAGAUCAUAAGAAAUGGUUUGACAUACACGACUGGAGAUGUACACAGCACCGAACCACACUGGCAUGCUAAGUAUCCGUGGACAGAAGAUCCAGCAACCCUGCCAAACAACAGGAAAGCAGUAGAGGCAACAUUCCUCAGAACUGAGAAGCAGCUAUCAAAAGAACCUGAGUGGAAGGCGGCCUACGCUGCACAGAUCCAUGAGAUGGUGAACCGCAGGGCCGCAAUGAAGCUGUCCAAAGACAUUCUGCAGAGUUGGACCGGGCCAGUGUGGUACAUAAGUCAUCUCAUUGCACUAAACCCACACUCAGUCUCCACCCCAGUCAGACUAGUGUGGAACAGCAGCCAAAAGUGCAGAGGUCUCAGUCUGAACGACAUCCUCAUCAAAGGUCCUGAUGUCCUGAACCCAAUCCGAGCUGUCUUAUUGAGGUUCCGAACUGGUGUCUACGCUGCCCUUGGAGACAUCCGGAAGAUGUACAACUCUGUCUGGCUGGAAGAUCGAGAGGUCCACCUGCACAGAUUCCUGUGGCGUGACAGUGAAGAUGCCGAAAUAGAAGAUUUUGCCAUAACAAGAGUCAACAUCGGAGACAAACCUGCCGGUUGCAUAGCCCAAGUCGCCAUGCGAGAAACUGCGAACUUACCUUCAUUCAGUCACUUCAAGGAAGAGAGACGCGUGCUGGGAGAAGAUGUAUACGUCGACGACAUCCUGACUUCACAUAACACCUUGACCAUCUGA